AUGGAACCAGGCAACCUGGCCCGAACAUUCCGAGUUGUUAGAUCAGCGACGGCCGGAUUGGGUUUGGAAAUCAGUCAAGGUGCUCAGACCCUUUUUCUUAGGCAUGCAUCCGAGCGACCAAAGGAGAAAAAGUCAAAGUCGGCUGUGCUGACGAUCGACCCACCUCGACGACGACGAGAACACCAUCUCAUUCCUUCGAACAGACGCUUGCUGGCUGUUCGUCGACUACAGCCUCAGCCCGUUUCAUCGACACCAGCUCGACCUUCCCAUCACCGUGACCACUUUCGAUACCUCGGACGGGAGGAUCUGCAAUUACGCAUUUGGAGUCUUCUCGUCAGCGAAGCGUUUCGUCAUCAGCACCUUUUUUCUUCAUCCUUCGACGCAAUGCCUUCGACGCUGCUACAUCGCACGCUCAGCCAACGUGCAUCGGAGACGGAAUCCUCAUCUUUGCUGCCGCUCUGGAUCAUUCUAGGCAUCGGUGUAGCGUUGGCCAUCGGCUGGUUUGCUCUCUCGUCGUGUCUUGGCGACAAUGCUCGCGAAGCGCUGACGGAUCGCAUUCGCGGCCUUUUCUCUCGCAAUCGGAAUGGCGGCACCGGGGGCGGGAUGGGCGGCGCUAGCGGAAGUCGCACUGCAUACGGGAGGAUGCGCGACGAUGAGGCAGAAGCUUUCGACAUCAAUGCAGCUGAACACGACCUGUACGACGACGUCGACGCACCGCAUCAGCCCUACGACCACCACUCUGCAUUUCCUCCAACAGGCGGUGCUGGGGCUUCCAAGUACGAUGAUCUGGGAGACGAUAUCUACGAUCACCGACGUCCAUGA